CAUAAAAAAACAACAUGAUAUACUUAAGAGUUUCGAGCAGCUUAAUGCUGAUUUAUUUACUGUUGACUUUAUGUUACAAUAUAAAUUCAGCUCCCACACAUCAUUUGACUAUAGGAGUUCAGGGCAAUACACCCACUUUAAUAGUGACCUCCUCUGAAAUUGGCAUAACACCUGAAACUAUGGGCUCUACAAAGAAGUUAAUGAAAACAGAAUAUGCAGCUAAAACUUAUAAGGAUUUAGAUGCAGGAAAAAAGCCGAUUAAAACUAAAUUACAUAAAAAUCAGUCAGUGUUUAAUAAAAAGGACAAAUUGCAGUAUUUAGCAAAACCCUUAAACAAACAAAUUUCCAUGGAGGAAAUAUCGUCACAUAUAAUGAAAUCUCAGAAAAUUUUAAAGGAACCUAGGGAGCAUACAAGUACUACAACAGAACUAUUAAAGGACCAAGAAACUACAACUGAAAAGUUGCAGGAUUUUAAAACAUUUACAACUCCAGCUACUGACACUGAUACUACAAGAGAAAAUGUAGAAAUUUACAAAACAAAUUUACAUUUAACUACUUUACCACCUGAACAAAUCAAUGGUUUUAUUCAAUUAACUACUACUACCAGUACUGCACAGCCCGAAGAAGUGUCUACUACAACACCUCAGGCUAACACAGACACAACCUCUCCUCCACCUUUGAGACCUGAGGAUGUUGAUGAUCUUAAAAUUCCUGCAGCUUUGUCUACUACUCUAAACCCUAAAGAUUUUGAUGACAUUUCAACUACUAUUAAUUAUGAAGAUGCCACAAAUAUAGCCACAAUUUCAAAGGCUUUAACAAAAAUGCAAACAGAAACCCCAGCAAGUGUUGUGGAGAAAACAACACAAAUUUUACAAGAUACAACCGUCAUUAAAACAGAAAAUGAAACUGACAAUGACAGUUACACACAAGAUCCCGUUGCUACAACAGAAAAUGAAAAUCUAUUGUUAACUACCAUAGAAACAAAAGCAUUUACCACUCCCACUACUCCUGCUGAUGCCAGUUCAACUCCCUCUUUAGUCACCUUAACAGCAGACAAUGCUGAAGCAACAACUACAGCAGAAAUGUUGUCUUUGCCAUUAACAAUGACAACGACAUCAACAGAAAUUUUUGUUGAUGAUGAUAGUAAUAACAAUAAUGAUAAUAAGAAUGAACAACAACAACAGCAUACAACAAUAGAAUACACAGAAAUAACAACAACACCAGUUUCAGACAAAGAGGAGCUGGAUAAGGAAGCUGAAAAUCCAGCUGAAGCCGAAAGCCAAGACAAUAUCAAUAGUGAUGUUACACUUAAGCCGCAACAGGAGCAUACAACACAACCAACUGACGAUGACUUCAAGUCAACUGAAAAUCCUCUACAAGUUAUUUCCGUGGCAACUACGCAGGCCAACCUGAAUAAACAAAAUAAAACUGAAAUUGAAACAAUAACUGAAACGGAAAACUCGGUAGUAACAAGCACAACACCUUUAACAAAUGAAAAACCACAAGCAUUCACCACAUUUCAAACACAGCAACAGGACUUUGCUACAACUCCCGACCCAACUGACAAUCCACACGAAUCAUCAACGGACACUGUAACAACAGAAGCCGUUUUAAAACUGAUUGACUUAGAGAAACAUGUUCUCAAGACAAUUGAUGAACUGAAGCAGCCCUCCGCAUUGUUAAUGGCGGGACAACAUGAUAAUGGUCAUGAUGGUUUGAAAAACAUAAAGAAAAAACAAUUGAUUGACAAACAUUAUGUAGAGGCUUUACUACACAAUAAACAAGAUGUCCAUGCAAAGGACUCAAUAGAAAAUGAAAAAUAUUUGCAAAUAACAACUCAAGCUAGUACCACUACUACUUCCUCAACCUCUGCUCCUUCAACAGCAACUGCAGCUUCUACAAAACCUUUGUUAAUGCCCAUAAAACACGGCUAUUUAGGACCAAUUUUAAUGGAAGAGAAAACCUUUCAUGUCAUACAUCAUGCAGACAAGGCCAUGACUACUAGAAAUAAACAUUUAGCUGAUAUAGAAGCUCAAUUGCGAAAGGGUCAUUUUGUGGAGUUGAAAGCUAAAACUGAUGACACUGAGACACAACAGCAAGGGAAAGAUAAUACUAAUAAAAAUACAAAAAGCUUUUCAUCUAUGGAAAUGCAAUCCGACCAGCCAGCAGAACAUACAGAAUUAACUUUUGGAAUUAAAGAACAUGACAGACAUUUUCAGCAAUUGAAACAAAGUAAUGAGAAAGAGUCCAGCUCUUUAAGUAAUACUUCAAUUCUAGAUAAAAGUCAAAUACAUGCAACUACUGUGGUUGGAGUUAUUGAAAAAAGUGAAACCAAUUUGAAUACGAAACAUAAUUUAAUAGCCAGUACUAAGAGCUCUCCCAUAGAAAAUCCAAAAUCUGUUAUUGGAAAUGCACAACAAGGAAACAUUCUACCAAGUACAGAAAAAUCCAUUAAAACUUCCUUCACUGCAACCUCAUCUGCUAUAGAUAUUCCACAGGAAGAAUCCAAAUCAGCCACAGUUUUAUCCACAACUGUAUUUCAAGUCAUAGACUCAGUUGCUACCAAAACUCCAAUGGUACAAGCCAACACUCUGUUCACCUCGGAGGAUAUAGAAAAGUCUUCAGCUGAUAACAAUGGAAAACAACAAACCGAAUCUAAAAUCUCAGAUAUACAAAUAGAAGUAUACGAUUCCACAGUAGAUUCCAUAGUAGCUUCCACAAACUUUAAAGAUAGUGAAAACAUACAUCAAUCUCAAGCCUCGCUAAAUGAUGAAAGCUCUAUGGGAAAGACCACCAAGCCGCCAAUUGCUACUGUACAACAGGAACGUUUCACACAAUAUGUUAUAGAUCGCACGGAAACUUCUACCCAGGAACCCAUAAACUACAGCACCAUACAAGUAGCUAAUGGUAAACUGGAACCAGCAGCUAUAGAAAUACACAUUAAUGUCUCGGAGUCAUUUGGAAAUGAAAGUGAGGAUUUGGAAUUUUCCUAUCCCCAAUCGGAAUAUAUUAACAACAAUAAUAAUGACAGAAUAGGAGAGGAAUCCUAUGAUGAUAUCAAACUUAAAAUACCCUCCAAUUCCAAUAAUAAUAUUGGCAAGGACUUAAGAGCUGAUGAAAUUUUGGUAGUUGAAAUCAUAGAUACAGAUAAUAUCACCGAUUCCAGUUUAAAAGUGAAAACCAAAAAUACCGAUGAAUUAUUCAUAACGGAUGUAAAAGAACUCUAUACUACACCUCCUCCACCACCUCCACCGCCACCUUAUCAAAACAAUUUCGAUCGGGAUUCGGAUACUAUAUUCUAUAUCUCCAAUACUGAGGUCAAGGUAGGAGAAUCUUUACCCGCCACCAACAAUGUCAAUGAGGAGCGUAAACUUAAACUGGAAUCACAAUUUUUCCCAGCCAACUAUAUGGCCAGCACACAUCCCAAUGUAAAUAGUCCCGAAGAAUUAAAUGCUCCCCAUCAUUUGUACGAAGAGGAUAUUAUACUUUCCUCCAGUCGCAAUCAAGCAGACUCUUUGAAAAUCUAUCGCAAUCGUAAUGAACCCUCACCUCCCUUAGAUGUUACCUAUGUGGGUGAGUCAAUAAUAGAAGUAGAACAGUCACCGGAUUCAGUUCUUACCACAACAUAUGCUCCGGAUCAGCAACAUAAUGUGGCCACUCCACAAGCAGAUGUUAUAAUACAACCAGCUUUGUUACCGGAAAUUUCUAUAGGGGUUCCUGUUAUCGGUGAACUGCCACCACAGAUUGAACUAAAAGAAAUCGAUUUCAUGCCCAACGAAGCGCAAUUGCAUCGCUCAGGCAUAUACGACGACAAUGACAGCAGCAACAGCAAUAACAACAUCAUGUUUAACAACGACAUAGACGAGAACACAAUAAGUGGCGGCAACAACAACAACAACCAUGAUGUAGACAUCGUUAACGGCAACAGCAACAACAAUCAACGAGUAGACGAGUCAUCAAUACAAUAUGGUGGUGACCUUAUAGAUGAAAGCGCUGACGGUGGUUUUGAUGGUGUUGAAGGUUCAUAUCCCUUCGGCAAUCCAGCCACAGUUGGAAAAUCUUCUUCCUCCACCUACUCCUCCGCCUUCAUGACAAAAUUACGAAAACAACAACAGCAGCAGCAGCAACCAAAUCACGUUGCAGACUAUGCACACUUGUAUAUCAACUAUGGCGUAAAUAAUAUGCGCAAAGAUGAAUUAAGUGCAGAUGUUAAAGACUCAGGGGAGCUGUUGUUGGUCGGUGUCGGCGGGGGCAACAUCAACGUUGCCAGUGUUAAUAGUAACGAACAAAAUAUUACAUCCUUUAGAGACUUUCUAAACAAAGCAAGCAUGAGUAAUUCCACCAUUCCAUUCAUGAGUGUGAAUUCCACUCAAAACGAACGUAUGAGUAACGCAACAGCAUUUUCCGUUAUGGAGGAUGCCAAUGAUUUAGAGGAUAAAAAUACAGAAGACAUUAUAAAUUUAAUAUCGCUGGCUAUUGGCCUGUUCAUUGUUAUAUUGCCCGUUGUCGUUACCUGCAGUAUGUUUUGGGCAUUAAGAUACUUGUACAAAAAAUAUCAUUCAAAUAUAACGGACAGUGGAGGAUACACGGAUCAAACGGAAACCAAAAGCCCAUUGAACGAUGAUGGUGUGGAAAAAGGCGAGUUUGUCCAUGAACCAUCCUCAUCUCCCACAGAUAGUAAUAAUGAUGCUAUAGAAAAAUAUCCAGAUACGUCCAAUAAACCGUCCACUACAGAAACUAAUGUUAAAUUUUCGACUGAAAAACCCACUUCCCACUUAGAGACCACUUCUUCUUAUUCUAAAACCAAUACUACUGAUACUACGACUAAUUCCACUUCUGCGACUGCUUCCAAAACGAACGAUACUUUAAAACUUUCUUUAGCUCUGUCAUUCCCAAUAACACAAGAACAAGCACUAGCAAAACCACCUCCAUCAGCAUCAUCUCCUUCAGUAGUAGCAACAACAACAGAACACAUACUUACCGUCCAUGGUGAUGUUGAUAAUGAGAAUGGUGAUGAUGAUGAUGUUGAAAUGCCAGGACCAAAUGGUUCAAUAACUAAAAUGACUUUGGAAAAUAAUCUUCUAAUAGUCGAGACGGAAGAGCGCAAUGAUAUUUCCCGUGUAGCUAGAGAAACCAAAAUGGAUUAUAAUAAAGAUGGCGUUUUCGUGGUGGAGGUAUCACGCGGCAUAGACUCUAAAACUAUACCAGAAAGUCCAGUUACAGACGGCAAUGAAAAAAUGCUAUCAAUGUUUGAAACCAAACACAAUAAUGGAGGUGUAGGCUACAAAGUGACCAAUGAAAAGAAUUGUAUCAAUAAUGAGAAGGUACAAAUACACUCACCACCGCCUGAGAAUGCCGAAGAAGGACCCAGAAGUUUACAUCAAAUAGAAGAAGUUGAGGAACCCACUAAUUCACCGCAUCUUAAUGAAAAUAAUGCUGAUGAUGACAUCGUAAAAGGUUUAGCCUACAAAGCCAAUACUGGGUUAUCACAGUCUGAUUUGAGCACUACUUCCUCUAGUGAUUCCAAUAAGGGCUAUUGUUAUGGCAAUCAGGAAUUGUAUGUGGUGGAACACAGUGGUUAUUCCACUAUCACGCCUAACCGAAAUGUAGUGCUGAAGUGUGAUGUGAAAGAUAUUAAGGAUGAUGAUCGUAAUCCGGGAAAUGAUCAUUAUUUGAAACAUUCGCCUGAUAAAAAGGAAGAGAGUAAAGAUAAGCAGGAUAUUGUGGAGACUACGAAGCAGUCGCAAGAGGGCAACUCGAGAACUAGUUCAGGAGAAUCACCGGCUCAGAAACAAAUCGACAAGGCUCAGGAAAAGGAAACCAAUGCUAUUGAGAUGGAGAAUAUAGAAAAUUUGCAGGUAAUGGAAACAAAUAAUUCCGAUAUUAAUAAAGAAAACUGUGUAGAAGACUUAGAGAGUUGCAAUGAGUCCUCUAUAUUAGGAAAUCCAGUUGAACUUCCCUUAGAGAAGCAAAAUUUCUCCAUACCAGUUGAGAUAGAAGUGCAUAUAACUCCUGCAGAAAUCGAAGACACUAAAGCAGAUGAGACUCCAUCUCCUGUCAAAUCUGAGUCCCCUGUUUUAAAAGCAACUGAAAGUAAUGCUGAAGUAGAGAAUAUAGUUAAUGCAGAGACCCAAUAUGUUAAAUCUAAAGUAUUAACUGAAUCUCCUGUUUUAAAUGCAACAGAAAGUAUAACCGAAGAAGUUUAUAUAACUCCUGCUGAGAUCGAAAAUACUAAAAUAGAUGAAACUCUAUCACCUGUCAAAUCUACAGUAACAUCUGAGUCCCCUAUUUUAAAAGCAACUGAAAGUAUAACUGAACCUUUAGUUUUGGAAACGCUGGAAGAUACUCUCGCUGUUGAAACCUUACUUCCAAUUGAUACAUCAAUAGCCAUUAAUAAUGAAACUUCUACUCUUCUAGCUGAAGAGGACGUUCUUGAUAAUAGCAUUCCAGAUGACGAAGCUAUUAUAGCAGUUCCUGAUAAAUUUUCCGAUAAAGAAACACCACAACAUGAUGAAAAUUCAAUUAGAGAUACUCAAGAAGACAUAAUUACUUUGGAAAAUCAAGAGGGAGCCAUAAAAGAUUUAGCAAAAGAAUUACAAGUGGAGAAAGAACUUAUUAAGUCAGAAUCAACAAAUGGUGCAGAAACAAAAGAAAAUAGUUCCCCACUUACAAAUGGAAAUUCGGAAUGCAAGGAACCAAAACUUGAAAAUAAUCAGGACAAGUGUGUUACAAAAAAUCUGUUAAUGUCAAAUAGCAAUUUGCAAAUGAAUGGCGCAAACGAAGUGGAGGAAUUAGAGCUUGCAAUAGAAGAAAACACAUCAAAUGCAAUACAAAAUGAACUUAAUAUGACAGAAUCUCAAAAUGGUUUAACUCAAUCAAAUGAGGUAGCAUUAACAAAUGGCGCCGAUGUAGUGAAGUCGCCACAAUUACAGAAUGGCCAUGCGGAGGUAGAACCUGUUAGCAUUUCCCUAACCGAUAUGGAAAAUGGAUACGAUAGUAUAAUGAGUUUGCCAGAACCACCACCCACCACAGAUGAACAACUAAAUAGUGAUUUAAGUGACCAACAACUGGAUUCCUUACCGCCACCACCGCCUCCAGAAAUAUUCAACUUAAAGGACUUGCCACCACCGCUCACCAAUGGCACUGCAGAUUCUCCACAAAGCGAAGAGUCCAACAAUUUUUACAAUACAUUACCACCCCCACCACCAACCACACUGGAAGUAACUGCCUCAGCAGACACAACAACAACAACAGCUACAAAUGGCAAAGUCCAUGCAUCACCCCUAACACCUCCAGCUUCACCGCCAGCUCAUUUUACAAAUAAUCUGCAUGCUGGACUCUGUUCCCAGCCCAUAGCUGUCGAUGUUAAUGGCAGUUAAUGCAUUAGACUAAUCCAAUAUUCCAAUUAAACCAAAAGCAAAAAACAAAAAAACCAACAAUAACUGACUGAGGAGU